GUCUCCUUGUGUCGGUGGGCGGGGCGCCGUGCACGAGCUACUCCGUGAUGGGUCUGCGGAAGAAGUCUAAGGACAAGGUCAUGAAGACGCAUCGUAGGUAUUUCCGCCAGUGCUACCAGGUCUUGGAUGCAUACCUCUUCGAGAACGUGUGUGAGUACGACCUGAAGCAGCUACGUCUUCCGAAGUCAUGGAAGCAGCAGAGUGUUCGGGUUGACCCAAGGACCUUUGGACUGGGCUGUGCCAGGGCUCGCCUCUAUGUUAUCGCUUACAACACGGAGAAGGUCUGCUGGUCUCAGGACGUGCCGUGCUUUGCAGACAUGGUGGCAUGCCUGGCGGCAAGGCCUUGUCUGGGAGCGGGAGACUAUUUCUGCGAUCGCAAUGCCAAUGCAUCCUCCCUGACUCAGUCUGAGGCCUCAGUCUUAAGGACUUACGACGAAAAGCCAUGGGACAUUGUUGACUUGGGACAGAGGGGAGCAUUUCGUCGUGGCACGCUCAACAGCUCCCACCUGCCGACCUUGACCACCAACAGCGCGAAACUCUUCAGCAAGGCCAAGAAGCGGUUCAUGACCGCGGACGAAAUGUUUCAAUCCCAUGUUUUGGCCACGAACAAGGAUCAGGCCAGUUGCGGCAGCCCGGUCUUGGCCAGGUCUCACCUGUCUAGGUCUUCUGCA